AUUCAACGCUCAUUUCCGACAACUACUGUAAUCAUACACAAGAUAAUUGACCUAGCAGUAUUACUUGUCGAACUCAACAACUAUGCACCUCUCAGACAUGCCUUUGACAUCAGCAAACUACCGUUUUCGGCAACAGAGUCCCAGGACACUCUGACUCGACGACUUGGAGUCUACCACGAUCAUUGCUAAUGUUCCCGCGCGGGUCAGUAUCAGUACAACUGUUCUCGAAGCACAACUUCAAGCCGAGCACUCUCGUUUCUUUUUCCAAUGGCCGUAGUGCUAGACUCGACUGCUCAUCGAUGUUAUCUUUGGUUUCUACUUGUUGGUUUUUGUGGGACCACCUCACAUUUUUGGUUUCCUAAGCGCGGGUCGCAGCUUCACUUCUCAGCAACGUUCAAACCGCUUGACAGGCUUAGAACAAGAUUCCGCAAUCGUAAAUAUUACGACCGGGAGAAGGCCUGGAUUGUUUUGAGCUGCGGUCCGUCAUAGAUGUUAUCCGGAAUACGUUCUUUUGGCCUUUGCUCAGAGUUUCCGGUGCAGGGCAAUUCGUUCCAAAGCACCGUGAUCCUUGUCGACAGCCAUAAUUGCUCCUUCAAGUUGAACUAAAGCUUGAAGGUAGUGCAGAUUGCCUCUACAUUCCCAUUGAACGUUCCUCUCUGUCUGUCUUCUGAUCUGGAACUAGUCCAUCUUACGUUCAACAUCAGCUAACGUCAAUGCCUUUAUGUUUA